AGCACCAACCUGAGAGCAGAACACUCACACACACACUGUACAGCUUAGUGUGAAAUCAAUAUCAGUUUAUUCAGGCUGCAUUUUGCACAUUUAAACCAAACUAGGAGAAAUGUCUUUACCGAGUCUCAGUAAGAACACCGCUCACCAUAACCGGGUACUCAUCGUGUCCGUGGAGAAGUUCAGCGCAUGCGCGGGACUGGAUAAGCGGAGCGGCGCGAGACUGGACACGAAGCGCCUGCACGCGGCUCUGAGCCGGCGCGGCUUCCUCGUGAAGAUCCUGAUGGACCCGGACGCGCACGAGAUCAUCGAGGCAUUUAAAGCAGAAAGUCAGCAGUCAGUGCCCAGCUGUUUUAUGGGUGUGAUAUCAAGUCAUGGAGAAAAGGGAGUGAUAUUCGGAUCAGACGGACGCCCUGUAAAACUCGCACAUAUAUACGCACAAUUUGGAGGAUCAACAAUGGCUGGCAAAAACAAACUCUUUCUGAUCCAGGCUUGUCGAGGCAUCGAGCUGGACGAUGGGGUUGAGGUUGAGACAGACGGCGUAGACUCUUCUCAUGACGACGAUGUAUAUGAAUGUCAAUCAAUCCCGAAUGAAACUGUGGUUGCUUAUGCUACAGCUCCAGGUUACAGUGCCUUCAUGCACCCGAGCGGCUCAGUGUUUAUGAAGACGUUCUGUGAUCUGCUGGAGGAGUGCGAUGGCUGGGAGAUUACACGGUUUCUGACACGGCUGAAUGGGCGUGUAGCGUUCGAGUUCGAGGCGAGAGGAGAUGAGCUGAAGGGCAAGAAGGAGAUGCCGUGUUUUGUCAGCCGCCUCACGGCUGACUGCUACCCGUUCAUUAACGCGCUCAGGGUUUCGGCCACGGAGCUGCUCCGAGACACACACACUACUCGCAAAAGCUCUAUCAGCUGAGCUAAGCUCUGACUUGUUGUCAAGUUCGCCAAUUGUAGCCUUCUGGAUGCCUUUAUGAGGAUAUUUAAUCUCAUGCUGCUGCUAUACAGUGAUGAACAGAAACCUAACUAAUGGAUGCAAUAUUAGAGUGCAUACUGCAUUAUGUCUCACUCUUAGUAAUGUGUUAUUUCAGCAAAAACAUUUCUUAAGAUGGAUAAGACGACAUUCUUAUGUUAUGGAUUAUUGUAAAUAAUAGAAUAGAUAGAAUACAUUGUCAGUGUUACUCUGAUUAGGUCACUCAUAUGCACAUCACAUCAGACAUUUAGUUUACCUAAUCUCACUUUUGCAUUUAAAGACUUGUUCUUUUUAAAUUGUCAAAUGCUGGUAAAUACCCUAAGCACUAACGUUAGCUAGCUAGUCAAGUAAUAUGAAUUUUGGGCCUUAAAGCAGCUUCUGCUAUUAGAGUGAAAAAUCUUUACUGAAUCUUUAUUAAG